GCGUAACCGGCUGCCUGGCUGGAGCUGUAGAAGGUGUGUUGGUUCCCCGCAGUGAGGCAGGAAGCUCGCAACCCUGGAGACUUCCACGCUUCCUUCCGGAGCUACCCGUGACGCUGGCGUUAUUGCUUAGGACGCUAGAAUAGGGAGUGCUGGAGAAGAAGCAAGAUCUUUUGGUUGGUGGUUUACUUGUUAGACUUGGCUGGGGAAAUCUUGUGAGACCACUGCACAGAGUGAUGAUUGUACAAAGAGUGGUAUUGAAUUCCCGACCUGGAAAAAAUGGUAAUCCAGUGGCAGAGAAUUUCCGAAUGGAAGAAGUCACUUUAUCAGAUAAUAUCAAUGAAGGACAAGUACGAGUUAGAACUCUUUAUCUUUCUGUGGAUCCUUACAUGCGUUGCAGAAUGAAUGAAGACACUGGCACUGAUUAUAUAACACCUUGGCAGCUGUCUCAAGUGGUUGAUGGUGGAGGUAUUGGAAUUAUAGAAGAAAGCAAACACAUAAAUUUAACUAAAGGCGAUUUUGUGACUUCUUUUUAUUGGCCUUGGCAAACCAAGGUUAUUCUGGAUGGAAAUAGCCUUGAAAAGGUAGAUCCACAACUUGUGGAUGGACACCUUUCAUAUUUUCUUGGAGCUAUAGGUAUGCCUGGUUUGACUUCCUUGAUUGGGAUACAGGAAAAAGGUCAUAUAACUGCUGGAUCUAAUCAGACAAUGGUUGUCAGUGGGGCUGCAGGUGCCUGUGGAUCCUUGGCUGGGCAAAUUGGCCAUUUGCUGGGUUGUUCCAGAGUGGUAGGAAUUUGUGGAACACAUGAGAAAUGCCUUCUUUUGACCUCUGAAUUGGGCUUUGAUAAUGCAAUUAAUUAUAAAAAAGGAAAUGUGGCAGAACAACUCCAUGAAUUAUGCCCAGCUGGAGUGGACAUUUAUUUUGACAAUGUUGGCGGUGACAUCAGUGAUAAAGUGAUAAGUCAGAUGAAUCAGAACAGCCACAUCAUCCUAUGUGGUCAGAUUUCUCAGUACAACAAAGAUGUGCCUUAUCCUCCACCAUUGCCCCCUACAAUAGAGGCAGUUCAGAAAGAAAGAAAUAUCACAAGAGAAAGAUUUAUGGUGUUAAAUUAUAAGGACAGAUUUGAGCCUGGCAUUCUACAGCUGAGUCACUGGUUUAAAGAAGGAAAAUUAAAGAUCAAAGAGACUGUGAUCAAAGGAUUGGAAAAUAUGGGCGCUGCAUUCCAGUCCAUGAUGACAGGAGGUAACAUUGGAAAGCAGAUCGUUUGCAUUUCAGAAGAAAUCUCUUUGUAGUCUCUGUGAAUGUCUUCAUCAAGGAAAUCACAGAUUUCUUUCUAUUUUGCAAAAGGAUUUUCCAGAUACAUUUUUUUUUAAAACCUUAGAAUACAGAUAGGUCUUGAAUCACAUCACAUGGUCAUAUGAGUAUUACUUUCUUAGUUGCAUAAUUCUUUCCUAUAUCUUAAAUAUCAUCUAUGUACUGUAAACCAAAAUAUAAUUAUUUGUAAUAAUUGAAAUUAACAAGAUUUUUUUCUUUUUGGCGAAAACUAAUAUUACAUAUUUGUAUUGGACAUUCUGGGACUUGGGUGGUGCCUAUAACUCAGUGAGUAGGGCACUGGCCCCCACAUACCGAGGGUGGCAGGUUUAAACCGGCC